UUAGAAGGCGCGCACCUGUGUCAAGUUAGCAAACUCGAGCACAAACCGGAUAUUUGUCGCUUAAGGUUACUAUUCAGAACUCGCAACGCAUAGAAAGUGAAAAUUCCACAAGCUCCGAACCUGAGUGUUUGUCAGAUACCCGUUUCAUCAUGUUCAAAUGUUCAAAAACUGGAGGGGAAAAAAAAACAACACUUUGGCUGUUUUCCCAUUUUUUUCACCCUAAAUGCACUCUUAUUCUGAAAGUCACAGCGGAUGUCAUGCCAUCAGCUUGACGACUUGACACAGGUGCGUUUACCAGCUGAAUGUAACUAGACAGACAACUGAAGAAUCUGGUAAAAAGACAACAUGAGAGGCGUCAUGGACGCGAUGGCCAACGAAGAUGGGGGAGAGAAUACCACCCUUGACAGAAGACCUAGUCUAAUGGUCUUGCAAAAAAUGCUCAGAGAAAUUCCUCAAAGCCCGUUCCUCGAUGUGUAUCAGAGUCCAGAUCCGUCAUCCUCAGAGACGAGCAACCAAGAUGCGGCGAACUACAACCCUUUCCAUUCAAGUCAUUCGAGUUCUUCCCUGGAUCUGCUGGAAAAUGGAGCCACAAUUUCCUCGUCCACUCGCGUAAACCAUGACAACUUUUUGACAUCUCGGAGUGGUUCUACCAGCGGGGAAUUUGACAGCGUGAACCUGGACUCUUCGGAGAACCAUGCCAAUGAGCUUUUCGAGCGUAUGCGGGCAACGAUCUCCAACACGGAGGAGCUUUUGCAAGAUUUGGAUGCAAAUACCGAGGCAUCUUCGGGGAGACUUUUGGACAAGCCUCGUGUCUUCGAUGAUCCAUUGUGGCCUUCUUCCAAAGCGGAUAACCGGCAUUAUUCCGCGUCAACAGCUGGAUCAAGCUUUUUCCAGAGAAAUGGAGAACAAUUCUCACUUGAAAACCAGUUUACUUCCUCGACAUUCUCUGGAUCUGAUGCGGAUGUGGUCUCCCCUACUUCAAAUGCGGGGAGCCCAAUCGUAAAGAAGCUCUUUCGGGACAAUGGCGGUGUGAGAGACUGGUCUGGCGCAGAGACGCCCGAUAGCGAUGAUAGUUUCGGAGCUCCUCCCGGGUGGGUGGGAUCAACGCCGGACGUCUCAGACUCUGCUGUCCGAUUGAAGUACUCCGGCAUGCCAAGGGAUGUUGUGCUCACCACUCCUCACGGAAGCAAACACGCUAUCCUCCAGCCAACUCCCUUCAAUCUAGCUCGGAAUCUAACGUCAUCGCCUGACUCUUCUCCGACGGAGCCUGACCAUGUGGUGAAGCUGACCAGGCGCCCGCCGAAACCUCUUCCUCGUUCCAGACCUCCAGGGUUUGGCAAGCCCCCUGUGCCGGAGAAGUCCUCCAAGCCGGAGAAUGCAUGGGAGCUUGAGCCGGCCGGGCCCCCGAAACCUCCGCCGAAACCGUUCAAGCCACUCACCGAGCUGGUCGCCGACCCCUCUGCCGAACCUCAGGGUGGCAAAACGCUCGACUCAGAGGACUACCAUGUUCUCGAGGAUAUCGUGCUCAUUGGACAGGAAAAGUGUGUGGAAGACUGGCCGGAAGACAGUCCUCAGCUCGACCCCGACUUCAAACCGUCUGGUAGAUUUCGACUCCGCCGAGAAUCCAUGAAGUUCUCGACAUACUCUGAGGGAGGAAGAAAAGAGGAUCAAGAUGAUUUUGGAAGGGAUGUCAAGAAAAAGGAGAGGAAAUUUUCAUUCUUAUCCAGAGGAUCCUCAAAGGAAAAGCUUUCUAAUGACCUGAAGGACGUCCGCAGCUGGACUUUACCUCACCAGAGGAAAAGCUCAAAGGAACAUUUUAACGAAUACAACUCGGAGUCGGCCAAGACGACGGACGGAGAGAAAAGUUGGUCCGAGCACAAGAAAAAAUCACUGAAGAGCAAAGUCAAUCUGCUGCUGAGAAGCGCUUCCACCAACGUGGUCAGGCAACACUCAGCUAGCAAGGACGACGACUUCCAUAAGAAAAAGGUGACCAUGAAAGAGUCCGCCAUGAGAUGGCACUCACAGGAGGCCAUGAUUGAAGGCAGUCUGGACGAAGAAGAUGAUGCCUAUGCUCCCAAAGGCAAAAAGAAACUCAAGAUGAAGUUGAACCCUCAAAAGGCAUCGUCCAAGUCUUGGACAGAGCACCCUCAGGGGGCCCAUGGAUACACCCCUGCUCACGUGGACUCACAGGAUCCAACGGAAGAGCAAAUAUUUGGUGCUUCGGAAAAUGACUAUGAGGACGUGGAAGAGCUCAAAAAGCUUCAUUCCAACAGUCAGGAGGACGUGCUGCAACAAAGAAGCUUCUCAGCAGAGAGGCUAGAUGGUGAUGCGAUGGAUGGCUACAAAGCGAAAAAGAACAAGUUCAAGAUCCCGAUUCAUUUGCCACACAAACCAAAGCCAACCAAACUUUCACCCGGACGUGGGGAGUCGAUGUCAUUCGAUCGUGGUUCUCAGACACAGACGUCCCGUCAGGCAGACAACUACUCGGAUGAGGACGGCGGUGCCUUAAGUGGACAGUUCACGGCUCCUGUAGUGGACUACAACUCCAAACCCAAAAAACUAAAGCUCAAAGGCUUUGGAAAACACAAAAAAAAGAACAAAGCUUGGGAUGGCACUGCGGAGGACAUGGCAGGCGAACAUGUGUCUGAGGCGGCGAAGGCUGAGUGGCUUGCGGCUCAAAGGGAUGUAGAGGCGGGCCUGGAGGACGGCGAAGGCGACGGGGAUACGGACAGCUUGAUGGAGUGGUGGAACACAGUGGAACAGUGGGACGAGUGUCCAUCAGACGAAGAACAACACCAGGACGAGUCCCAGUCGUUCAGCAUUUUGGCGGACAAGGUGAACCGAGGCCUGCGCGUCUUCAACAAGGUCUUCACAGAGCGCGCCGAGGUCUUCUGGCAGCACGUGGUGAAGCUCCACGCCCUCGCCGACCACCUCAGCACCUUCCACCAGAAGGCCAAAAAGGCUGGCAUCUCGGGCGGCACCACGGCAGCCGUUGGCGGUGUGACGGCCGUGGCCGGCUUGGCCCUGGCGCCAUUCACCUUGGGGAUCUCGCUCAUCAUCACGGCCGUGGGUGUUGGCGUGGCCACUGCCGGGGGGAUAGCUUCGGCUUCCGCCACUAUCUCUGAUAACGUCAACAGCAUCAAUGAGCGCAAAAAGGUGGAAGCGGUUCUGCAAGAGUACGAGAUCAACUUCCGGGACUUGGCCAAGAUCCUUCACUUCGUCAAUCACGGCCUCUACAAACUACGCGGGCAUCCUUUCCUCCGAUCCGGCACGCAGCACUAUUCCGAGGACUGGGAAGUGCGCAAGGCGGUGCAGAUGAUCGGCUUGGUGGACUCGCCCGUCAUGAGAGCCAUGGAAGUUACCGACACCAACUUGGAGCUGGUUCACAGACUUCACAACGGCAUGGACAAGUACUUCAUGGACUCCCGGGAUCGGAAGAAAAAACCCAUCAAUAGACAAGUGGUGUCUCGUAUUCGAGAGAUCGCAAAUAUGCUCAACAAUGGAAUAGUGGAGCUUAACACCAUCAGGGAGGAGCUCCAGGCAGCAACUGGCGACUUUUGAAGACGGUUACAGUUUAACGGCCAAACCGUCGACGGCGAUAAACAUCCGAUCAGUCUGAACUGGGAGGGUUUGCAGCGAAUGGCAAUGUGAUUUAACAGGAGGAAAGACUGCAACGUCAUUUUUGCAAGUUGAUUGAACUUCAAUGAUGCGAUGAUUUAAUGAUCAACUUUUAACUCCAAUGUGUCAAGUUAUGGACUGUAUAAACUAAAUUAAGAAUGCCUAAAUAAACAUUAGCUCAAACAAAACCUUAUGUUGGUCUUAACAG